GUUUGAAGGAUGAGUAGACUCAAUCGAUGAGCUGAUCCAGCCCUGCAUCGGACCACCCGGAGGGCCAAUCACCUGAUCCCGCAUGGACGACAGUGAGUGGGAAUAUCUUCACUGCAAUGCGUUAGUUCGAUCAGGCGAUGCUAGUCGAUGCUAGCCCCCCUUAGCCCACCUUAGUUCACCCUCAUUAAGCCCGGUCGGGGUAAGUGUUUCGGUGCACAAGUGGAGCUGGAGCGUUGUGUCCACGUAUCCCAAGUUCCCAGCCAUCAUCCAUCAUGCAGCUCGCAUCAUCGCCGCCUGCGUUUCCGGUCUGGGCCACUAGAUAAGCAAAUAUGCCAAGCAAAGGGAUUUCAGUCUACAGCUACAUCUCCCCCGCCGUCGAGGGCUACGAGGUGGGAUUCUCCGUCCCGGGAGAGGAUGUCCUACACACGUCGGCCCAGAAUUUCACCCCGCGUCGCUUGGAACUCGACUCCGCCAACAUCCCCGGGGCGAACAACUUUACCGGUCGGUUGGAAUGGAAGGUCUUCCGCUACGGGGAAGUCGUCGCCAGCGCCUACAAUGACAUCAGUACCCUGACGGGCAAGCUCACCGGCGGGGAGAUGGUGUCCACCCAGGACUUCCACCCCAUCGUGCUGGAGGAUGCCAUCAUCACGUACGGCUUCUACAACGCGGGGCGCGGGGAGGUCGGCCUGACGAAGCGGGAUCAGUGCUACGUGACCAUCUGCUCGACGGACAACCGCGCUUGGAUGGGCGAUCUGGCGCCGGUCGGAUCCAUGGAGGCGCAGAAGCCCUUCUCCCGCUUCGCCCUCGCAGCCCCGCAUGACAACGGCAUGAACAGCAUGGACAGCUGCGACGCGGUGUUCCAGCAUCUGGACGGGGACAUGCUCGCAGCCGUGCGGGAGCUCGUGCCGAUGCUCGCCCACAUCCGGCACAUCCCCGACGGAUUCCUCAUGGAGAAGCUGCCGCACAUCGUCUACGGCUUGGCCAUCACUCAGAAGAAGGAGAUCGCCGUGAUGCUGAACAUGGGCGCCCGAUACUUCGAGUUCCGACCGGCCAAGCUCCUGCCCAUCUUCCAGAAGAUCUCCUCCCUCCCAGACACGUAUUACUUCCAGCACGCGUGUAUCCCGGGGCUGGCCUUCGACGCCUUCCUCCGCGCGCAGGUGGCAUUCCUGGAUGAGAACCCAACCGAGAUCGUGACCAUCCAUAUCCGGUGGGACAACAUCGUGGCCGACUGCGAGCGACCCACCGAGGAGCAGAUCGGGCAGCUGCUGACCGAUGCGUGUGCCACGACCGCCGUGCAGCCGCUGACCUGGGGCGGCCGCGAGUGUUUCAGCCAGCCGAUCGACGAGCUCCGGAGCACUGGCAAGCGGCUGAUUUGUGUGAUCGAGGCGGACAAGUACGACAGCUGGACGGCGGAGGCGUACGCGACGUUGAGUGCGGACUCGAUUCUCGCGCGGUUCGAGGGGAUGACCACCGAGGGGCAGGAGAGCAGUGACCUGACGGUGCUGCAGUGCCAGGCCACCUCGCAGUCGAUCAAGGAGGUGAUGAUCUAUAGCGUGGUGGAGGCGGGCGCGGUGUCGUCGUGUUUGACCUCGACCAAGGCCGCGUUGGAUACGCGGACCCUCCCGUGGAUUCGAGAGAACGCGCUGGAGCGACUGCAGGCGGAGCGGACGAUUGUGAUCAUGAACGACUUCAUCGAUGGGGCGACGACGGACACGUCGAUCUUGUUGUCGAAGCAGCGGCUGGCUUUGUAGGGACUGUACAUAGUGCAUAACAUGAUAGAACUAGACUCUCAAGGCUAUAAGUUAGUAGUUCUUUUGCUUGUUUACAACGGCACGGAAGAAUGAAAUUGCCGAGGAAGGCACCCAAAGGCGGUGAGGAUCUGCCGGCUUCGCUCGUCAACUCUCCAGGGAACAAAGAGAGG